CACCAGUGCGUCAGAAUUGGAGAAAAGUCAGCUCUCAUUAGAAUAAAAUAAGAUAUCUCAGAUAGUAGCAGCAUACAUUUCCUGCAGAUUUUGAUACAGAGAAGUUCAUAUUUUAUUCAUUUGCCUGCUGAGCAAGUAGAGAACAUGUAAAUCACUACUUGUAUGUACGAGAGGCAUGCUGCCCACAUCCUUGACUCUCUUCAUGUCUCUUCCUCUUUUAAGCACUUCAAGUCAGGCAGGCCCCAUCCUUGCAGUCCAUUCCCUUUUAACUCCAUGGCACCUCCAGCAUCACCGGUUGUGCUUACUCCAGCUACAAAAACUACACAAGAACCUGAUGAAUUUGUCGAUGAUCUUCAUGAGCUGAACUUCUUGGCCUUUGGUGAUGAGCCUGACACCCUGGAGAAGGAGAGUGCCCAGAGUGAGAAGCAGAUAUCGGUGGAUCCUAUAUCAUUGUCACUGAGGGAACCGAGCUUUAACUUGAUGUUGCCUCCUGUUCUUACUUCUCCAAGAGACACAGCUGUCCCUCUUCCACCAUUUCCACCCAUUCUACCUCCUGCAAAAACCAAGUUCGUUAGCUGCAUCCUCCCAAGUUCUGCGACAUCUUCUCCUCCAUUUGGAUCUAUUUUGUCAAUGAAGAAAUGGAAUAUUAAUGAAAAUCAACCUUCUCAAAAAGUAGAUAAUCUGGUCUGGCAGGGGUCCUCGGCACAUUCACAUCUCUCAUUGGGACAAGAUGCCAUGCUAGCAAAGAGCAAGUCUUGUGGCGAAGGAAGAACCUCUGCAUCAUCAGAUGAGUUUGAACUUUGCUUCAGCAAACCUAAGGCUCCUGAAUACAACAAAAUCUCUCAUACCAACUUCGCCAAAGCUGAGAUUAACAGAGAUGUUAACAAGAAUGCUAACAAUAUUAAUCCUUGCGACGAGGACUUCAAAUGCGGCACGCUUUGCAUGUUCCUCCCUGGCUUUGGUAAAGUGAAGCCAGUGAGAGCAAGAAAGGAAGAGGCAGCAGUAAUGGAGGAUAUUAUUUCCAGGACAGUUUCUUUAGAAAAGUUUGAAUGUGGAUCCUGGGCAUCAUCUGCCAUGCUUCAUUAUCAUGACGAAGAUGGAGACUUGAUGAAUCAUCUCUACUUUGACUUGCCAGUGGAGUUGAUAAAAAACAAUGCGAAUGAUGCUCACGAUGCUCACUAUCCGAUCAACGCAGCCUUUGUCUUCAACAGAGACUAUAAGGGUGUGCUAAAAAAUGGUUCAAAUUGAAGAAAAACGACUGCUGGAAAAUCCCAUGAGUCGUCGUGCCAUGUUCGGUUUUCAGUAUCAUCACUUACCUCAUCAUACCCUUCAUCACCAGCUUCUUGCAUUACUCCCAGGCCGCGCAAGGCUAGGGAGGAUUUCAAUACAUUCUUGGAAGCUCAAAGAGCUUGAGAAAUGAUCAGUCUCACUAGUUUUUUUGGUACUUUAUAUAUGCAGUAGCUAUAGCAAACCUCUCAGUUCCCUAUAUAUUUGAGCAACCAUAUAUGUAACAUGGAAGUUGAUCUUUUCUUUUUUGGUAGUUGCUUUUUGUACC